AUGGAAUCUAGAGGAUCAGAUUUGGUCUCAAGCGCGAAAUAUUCAACUCCAGCAAUAGAAGGCACCUACAAGAAGCUUAUUACAUAUGAUAAGGUCUUGAGGAAGAGGUAUACAGUUUCACGACUUGGGCCGAGGACUCACGAUACUGAAAUUUUGGUGAAAGUUUUGCGCUUUUGGCUAAACGAUCACCCAACUUCUGCUAAAAGAUUAGAGCUCAUACUAUCUGAUGAAGAGGGAGAGAAGAUUCAAGCAACUGUGCAUGUUUCCGUUUAUGAGGCUUAUGAUUGCAAGGUCAACGAGGGAGAUUGGAUUCUCAUUAAGAAUUUCGAUGUCACUACUCAGACAGGACAUUGUAGAGCUACUUGGCAUCUAAAUCGAAUAUACUUGAUGCCAACAACAAUCAUCACAAAGAUCUAUUUCGCUAGCGUAAGACACUUUUUCAAUUUCGUUGAUUUUGAAAAAAUCAUAGAUGGUUCAGACUGUGAUGAUUAUUUAGUAGGAGAGGUUGUCAAUAUAAGUGAAUCUACUAUUUGGAAAGAGGCUUUGAUUGAAAAACCGAGGAGUUAUGAUGCAGAUAGUAUCGAUCCUAGCAUCAAGUUUCAAAUCCGUGACCAAAGGUGGGGACUAAUAGAAAUUCGAGCAGGCAAGGUUACAAUUUAUUGCAUUGCUCCAUCCACGCUCUCCUUGAAUCCUUCGAUUCCUGAGGUUGAUGAGUUCGAGAAGGUAUGUUCGAGGGGGAGAGAGGAAGAGACAUGA